UGUGUCCAUUAUCUAAUAAUGUAUUCAUUCUAACCAUUGAGGUAGAAAUAGACCCUCUACUAUAGCUACUGAAAGGUGAAGACGAGCAAAUUCCAACUAGAAUCACCGCCAAUGAUGCCGUCAUCGGUUGUACCAUCCGCCACCACCAUUGCAAACUGAUGAGCAGCGAGGCUAGAUGUAAUGUUUGCCAGAUGUACCGCAGCGAGCUUUCAAAGGUGUUUUCUCGACAGAAGGUGAAAGCAUCAAGAAAAUGCCAGUCCUCAUCAUCAAUCACACACAAAUCCAUGACAAAACAUCAGCUGAAACAAAAGGCUUCUAUAUUACAAGCAGAGCGGCAAAGUUUGAAGAGGAAAUGUACCUCCUUGCAGGAAAAAAUUUCCCGUAUUAUUGGUGACGAGAGCAUUCCGCUAGAGUAUCUUCAAGACAAUAAUUUGCGUUCCCUCAUCGCAGAUGACACUAUGCAGUUACCCGAUGUUUUGGGGAAGGGUACUCCUGCCGGUCUGUUGUUGGCUCAGCAAAAAGAGUCUGCUGUGAAGGGCAAGCAGAUGCGGUGGCAUCCUGCUAUCGUUCAAUGGUGCGUAGCCCUUUACAGCAAAUCUACAUCGGGAUACAAUGUUCUUCGGGAAACUGGUUUUCUUGUGCUACCACACCCAGACACGCUGCACAGCUACUCACACUUCGCGGAUGCCACAACUGGUUUAAAGCCAUUGGACACUUUCGGUAAACAGUAUUGUCCAAAGGCCCACACUUCGUGUAUCACAUAUAAUGGCUUUAAUACACCCUUGCUAAUGCGAAUCAUUGAAGACCAUCCUGUGAAAGAAGAUUAUGAAAAGAAUGUCUCCCUACUCUUCGAUGAAAUGAAGGUCAAAGCUGGGUUGUGUUUUUCUGUGCGCUCAGGAAAAGUUGUUGGGUUUACGGAUGUCAGUAGCAUGGCCAAUGAAGUUGUUGAGUUUGAAAAAAGGUGUCGGGGAGACGCUGGACCCUCUAUUUCCUCGCAUGUUUUGUUGCUGAUGGUACAUGGAUUUUUCUCGUCUCUUCAUGCCCCAGUUGGAUACUAUCCAAGUACCGGAGUGACAAGCAACCAGUUGUAUCCCUGCAUUUAUGAGGCCAUCCUCUUUUUGGAAACAGCUGGUUUCAACGUCUGCGUCUCAUUUCAGAUGGAGCGUCACCUGAUCGAAAAUUCUACCACUACCAUGCUGAUGACACCUCUGAUGGCAUCACCUACUGUACUCCAAACCCAUUUGAUCCAACAUGCCGCAUCUAUUUUAUAUGUGAUGUGCCCCACCUGCCCACCUCAUCAAAACUACUCGCAACAACUAGGAGAACUCCGGCUACCAUAAUAAGACGAAACAUCUGCAUACCUCAAUAAACAAGAUGUGACAUGGACCCAGCUGUUGCAGUUGUACGAGUGGGAUGUUGAUCAGGAGCGAUCGUGUCCAGGAUUAAGAAGGCUCCAUAAAAUCCGCCACGAACAUCUCCAUCUGACGCCUUGCGAGUGUUUUGGCUACACAGGUAAGUCAUUCAAAAUUCGGCAGACGUACAAAAGUGAACAGGGAUUUUUAUGUGGCAAGUUAGUUGUGAAUUUAAAAGAACGUGAUUUGUUUGUAAGAUACUUAGGUGGGUCAAGUAGUUAUUUGCAAUUUUCAUUAGUGAAGAGAUAUUCUUUGUUUUCGGGUAUUAAGUAAAACUGUUGCCAAUGCAUUUUCCUCCAUGGGAAAUCCAAACACCCAAUCCACUGCGGUGUAUCACUAUGUUUCGAUCAGUUUUUUGACUGCUUCAACGUUUCAAGAACCCAGAAAGGCUUGCACUCCCGUAAACCAGCCCUGGAGCCCUACAGAAGCCCAAAUGACUGGAGAUUUGAAGCAAGUGUGACUUUGGAAGGACAAUUUUUUGAUUUACAGACCCCCUCUUCCUCUGACCCCACCCCGAAUAAAAGAACCAAAUUAGGCAAGGGUAUUAUUACACAUAAAACACAUUUCAAGGGUUUAGAAGAGUGUGCGACUUAUGUAAACUAUUGUAAGCGCAUUUGCAUUUGUAUUUAUUUUGAAUCAAAUUUACAGUAACAAACAUGGAAUUUCUAGGUAAAAUCGUUUGAUGUUUCACGUGGUUUAGAUUGUUUAAAGACCAGGAGCAAAUAAUUACAAGUUGAACACAUAAUUGCUGUUAAUAUUAAUUUAAGUGUCCCCACCCUUCAAAAUUACUGUUUCUUGUGUUUCAAAUCUUGAAUUUGUUUUAAUUUUUGUUUUCACAUAGUGGCUGAUUGAGUUCCUUGGAUUUCUGAACGAGUGGGAUCAAGAGGUUCGGUCUCUGAAGAAUGUGGACUUAUCUGUCAGGAAGAAGAUGAUCAUUAGCAAAGAGACUAUCGAUGGAAUAAAGAUCACAGUCAUUUAGUUCGGGGGAAAAACAUCAUGAAGGCAUGAACUCUUGUUUUUAAGGGCCCCGGAAAAUAAUGGAUUCUAGUUUCUCAGUGCUGCGAUUACAGGCUAUAUCUGACCAUUUCAACGCAAUUUGAUUAAACCCUAAAAUUGUAAUAAAAUUCCCUAAAAGGUGGGCAUCCCCCCCCCCCUGAAACAGGUACAGUUAACUGGAGAAAAGGAAGGAAUAUUCUGUUUUGUAAUACACGAGUAUGUAUUUAAUUUAAAUAUGACACUUAUACUUCAAAUAUUUAACAAAUUGCGAGGAUUAAAUGGAACAUAAUGAAUUUCUCAAGUGAAUGCCAUACUAUCACAUUUUCUGUAGUUUUUUGCAAUGCUCUGUAAGUGGAAUCGUUCACUAAUGUACCUCUAUUGAUA